CCUCUGUAUUUGAAUCCAUGGGGCUUUUUGCCGAAAAAAAGAAUCGCUGACAACCUCAUUUUCGAUAGUUUUUAUUUUUUUAUAUCAAAGAAUUUUCACUGCAGAGACGGUGUACUAGACUGACUAACUAUGCCAGUCCUGGAUGUUGGUAACAUUGUUCCACAUUUCAUAUCUUUAUGUAUCGAAUUUGGUAUUACUGAAUAACAUACCAUUAAUGAUGGGCCAUGACUAUAGUGAGUCCGUGAGUGAUACAAUAAUGAAAUGACGAAUCGAGUGACGAUCGACGAAAACAUAACCAAUAUUAUGGUUUACCUUACCGUGCAUAGAUAUAAAUAAUUAGAUCCGUAUUCAUAAACACUUAGUGCAGUGUCACAGCAGUCGUCUGCAAUUGCCUAAUAAUGGUUCUAAGAAAGAAAAUUUUGUCUUUUACUCUACACUGCACAGAAACUGCAAAAUUUACCUAACGAAUACGUGUACAUACAUAUACAACUGGUAUAAAAUGAAAGCCCCCAAAAUGCCUUAAUUAGACCUACAUAAGUGAAGGUGAAGUAAUAACUCUCAUCUUUGUAAACGUCGUUUCCAAAAACCCAGUGAAUAUUCCAGUCUCUCUAUUAAUUAGUUGUAAACUUAGAAAAAAUACAAAAUGUUACCUGGCAUAGGAGUUUUUGGAACUGGAAGUGUGGUUCGAAUAUUUAUUCCCUUUCUAAGGGAGAAGGGCUUCAAGAUUGAAGCCAUCUGGGGUCGAACUAUUGCUGAAGCCUCUGAAGUGGCUUCGGAUCUGGAAAUACCCUUUUACACAAGCAGGAUCGACGAUGUCCUCUUGAGGCGAGAUGUGGAUCUUAUAUUCAUCAUGUGCUCACCAAAUUUGCAUGCACAGAUUGCUGUCAAAGCUUUAGGAAUAGGAAAACAUGUUGUAUGUGAUAAGCCAGCAGGAUUGAGUCAAAGUGAAGCAUUGAAAAUGGUUAAGGCUGCUCAGUAUUAUCCUUCACUAAUAAGUAUUGUCAAUCAUAGUCUACGUUUCCUUCCUGCUUUUAUAAAAAUGAAAAGAGAAAUUGAGGAAGGGUAUCUUGGAGGACCUGUUUCUAUAAUCGAUGUUCGGGUGCAGAUGGGAAGUCUUGUAAGAGAUGGGUAUGACUGGUUAUGUGAUGAAAUAAUGGGCGGUGGAAUCUUGGCUCUAGUUGGCAGUCAUGUGAUAGACCUAAUUUCCUAUGUUACAAAUCAAAGAGCAGUGAGAGUUCAUGCUGUUGUGAGAACUUUUACUCAAACAACAAAACACAUCAAUGGCAUUAGGCAGAUAACAUCUCCAGAUUUUUGUUGUUUCCAAAUGGAAUUAAAUGAAGGUACAUUGGUAACAGCCACUUUAAGUAACCAUUUGCAAGGCCAAUUAUCCCAGGAAGUUUUGAUCUGUGGUCCUAAUGGUCAUCUUGUGGUGAAGAGUGGUGACUUACAUGGCUGUAGAGGACAACAGGAAGAAGCUUUGCAUUUAGAUGUAGAAAAUGUUCAAGAGUCAUCUAUAGCAGAUUUUAUUCCUCGUCCAUAUAUCAAGGGUUUACAUAAAAUGAUAGAUGCAUUGCGUGAAGCAUUUCAACCUGUAGAAGAUAAGCGAGGAUGGAUAAAGGAACCAGUAUCCAGAGCUGCGACAUUUGAAGAUGGUUUGUAUGUCCAGGCUGUAAUUGAUGCACUGAAAAGAAGUAGCAAACACAGGGAGUGGGUUAAAGUUACCAUCAUGACAGAGGAGCCAGAUCCAAAUCCUUUACUCAGUGCAGCUGUUAGAGCCACUGCCAUUUCUAUUUAAAUUCCUAUACUGUUUUUAUGUAUGCUGUAAUAUUUACAAAAGUAUUUUGUAUCCAAAUCAACUUCUAGUUUGUAAUACUGAACUAACUAUUUAAGACUUAACUGAUUAGAUUUUAGGAUACAUUUCAUCAUAUAAACUUAAAAGUUAAUUCUAAAAUAUGUUCAGUGCCACGCCGAACAAAAUUAUUGUACAUAAUACAAUUUUAAAUAAAAAACGUAAGACUAAAAAAUAUACUCAACAAUUGACACUUAACAUCUUGAAGAGCAAAAUCGUUGGUUUGUGAAACAGCAUAUCGUUAAUUAAGAGGUUGAAGGAGUCAUUCCGGUCGAGACUCAUAAAUGAUUUCACAUAUGAGAAAGCACUUCCAUGCUCGUUUGAAUGCGUCUAGUGGGAAUAUUUGUAUACUUUAUAAAAUAUUACGCUUGUUCAAAAUGAAUGCUUCAAUUAACGAGAAGAAAAUUUUGAGCAGUUAAAUAUUUUUAGACUAGUGCAAAACCAGCGACAUAUUUUAAAGUUUUUGAUAUUUAUAUUUACAUUUAGUAAAAUAAAUACUUAUGUUUGUAUUUAA